AUAAAACCCCGAACUUGAUGCUGAGCUCGUUGAAGCUGCGGCAGAACCUCAGCGGCACCACCUGACCCACCGGCUGCAAGAAGAAACCAGCGGGACAAAAGGAAAGGGAAUCAUCCUGGUACAAACAGUUUUUGUUUCCAGACUUCGACAGGAUGGAGAAAUCCAGCAGCCAGUACGACUCGUUCCUCUUCUGGAGGCAGCCGAUCCCGACCCUCGACCUGUCGGAGUUGGAGGAUCUGGGAUUCACCGCCGGCGAUCCGAUCAGCAGCAGCAAGGCGAAGGGCAAGAAGUCCCAGCUGCGCGGACUGGACGACGAGGACAAGGAGCUGUCUGAGUUUUCCUCCUUUAAUUACUGGAGAGCUCCCAUCGCUGAUGUGGACGCUCUGCUGGCUGACCUGAACCUGCUGCCCUGAACCCGCCAGAACCUGAUCAGCCCGACUUCAUCCAGAACCGUCAAUAAUCUGAGACUAGACCUCCUAAUUCUGCAACCAGACUGAAGUUCACCUGAUUAUUUAUUUACAUCUCAGUUUGUUCAAGUUUAAUUAUUUGGAUUUCACAAACUGCAACACUUAGAAAUGCCUCAUAUAUUUAAUCUAAGAUAAAUUAAUUUUAAUCUAUCUGCACAUUUUGUGCUGCAGGAUCAAAUUACUUCCUGUCCCAUUUAGUCUGAUUCAUCUGGUAUGAAAUAAGACUUUAUUUAACCUCCUGCAGUUUGAUUUUUGUUUUAUGUGUUAACAUUUGUGCCUUUUUUUGUUUUCUUAGGAUCUGCUGUACCAACAGCAAAUUAUUUAUGUUUUUAUUUAUGCAUAUGUUUAUUUAUUUUUGUCACUUGCUGUUGUUGAGCAAGACUGAAACUUCAGAACAGACCUGACACCAGAAAUAAAAUGCUUUUUUU